AGGGCACGGCAGCGUUCAGGGCAGGGCUGCAGGACCUGGGGUGGCCCAGCCGGACCGCUCGGCCGCAAUGGUAAUGCCCAUUCCGGCUUCUGGGUGUUAGCGACGGCUCCGUGGGGGUUUGGGCUCGUUCGGGCUGUUUCGGUGUGAGCGACAGGUUUAAAACCUCCUCGUAGAUACUCAUCCAAAUGUAUAGCAAAUGCAGAAAGUACUGAAGACACUCUGAGGCUGCUUUUGGAGACAGAGACUCAUAUUUGUGAUAACAUUCCGUUAUGUUGGCAUAAUGUACAAGGAAAGUAUGGGCUUCAUGAAGGCGUGACAUGCAUAAGCACUUUUAACCCCUUAUCUUCAUAGUUGCUCUGUUACAGUGAGGCAAGUCUGGUUUAGUUGGAAGAGUUUAUUCUGGGAACUUGGCCUUUAAGAAGAUACAAAAGGGUUUGCACAGCUUGUAGGGAAGUGAAGACCUGCAUAUUCCUCUGGCAUAGUUAUAUUUGUUUUUCUCUUGAUUAUAUCAGUCUUCUAGUCUAGACAAUGGUUUCAUUCCAGCAAAAAAUUUUACACUUGGUGAAGUGUUUCAGAAGACAAUGGCCUUUAUUUUCCAACUCUGAAAGGACUACUGUAUGUGGAGCAGACUGCAUGUUGAUGGCGUUACAACUGUCCAUGGCUGAAGUCAAUAAACAGCACCAUGGAGACUUCACAGUAUCACUUAGUGAUGUGUUGGAAACAUGGAACUAUUUGUUACAUGACAAACUUGGAUUGUAUGAAAACAUGAAAGAACCUGAAAAUUAUGCUGAUGUGAAAAAAGCCUAUCAUGCCUUCUUAGCAAGAAGCAAUAUGUUAGAUUUAAUAGACAUAUAUCAGAAGUGCUGUAGUCUUGGACUUUUAGCUGAAGAUGAAAGCAUAUACCCUGUUCAACUGUUGGAAUUUAUUUCUGGUGUAAUGAAUGCACAAGAAAAUAAUGGUUCUGUUGUUUCUACUCCUACACAAAUCAACAGACAGGGCCAGGAGCAUGUGAAGGUGGCAGUCCUGGCAAAGAAGUCUGUCUGUUCAUAUUUAAGCCUUUUGGUGAAUUCUAAGGAUGAUCUGGCAUUGGCUCAUAUUCUAAAUAUUCCUGACAGAGGACUUGGUAGAGAAGCCUUCACUAACCUCAAACAUGCCUCACAGGAGAGAAAAAUGUCCAUUUUUCUGAUGGCAACAUCUUUUAUCCGGACCAUAGAACUUGGAGGAAGAGACUCUGCAUCUUCUUUGUAUGAUCCUUUAAGACCCCAUGUAAAAGGGCUUUCCAGCUUUGUUAAUUUUAUUGACAAGCUGCAGGAAAUUGUUGGUGAAAUCUUAAAUACAAGAAUUGCAGGGGGGCGAAUUCUGUCAACAGUGAAGAUGCAUUUGAUAAAAGGCCGAAGCAAUGGGGAUCCUUUCUGUCAGGCAGUAGAGGAAGCUGUACAAGACUUGGAUUUGAAGAUUAAAAAUAUUAUCGAUUCACAACAGGAAACCUCAACUGCUAGCACUACUGGAGUCAGUCCAGCACGGCCAAAAUUGCAUUCCAUAAAUCAUGGCACUGCUUAUUGUGGCAGGGAUACUAUAAAAGUCUUGCUAGUUCUUCUGGAUGAAGAAGCUGUUAGUCCUCCUACCCAGAACAAAGCAGAUCUGUUGUGUGACAAUGAAAACUUAAAUUUGUGUGGCAUCACCUCUGUUUUGACGCUCUUCAGAUCUCCAGCACGAUCCAGUGGCUCUUCUCCAAAACCUCUCAGACAACGUAUUCUGAAAUCUAUGGAUGAAAAAGUAAUUAAGAUGAAGCAAUCUUCAAUUAAAUCCCAGUUUGCCUGUACAUAUAAAAAUGAUUUGAGUGAAAUGAGUGGCCAGCAUUCCCGUGCAAUUCCAACCUGCAAACAUUCUGUACCAAAGCAACAUUUAAAAGCUGGAAAGCCCACAGAAGGUCCAAAUUCAUGUCUUGAUGUACCAGGGCUUGGAACUAUUUCUGAAAGUGUUCACCAGACUAGAAGUUAUACAGAAAUGGGAAAGCUGAGUUGUCAGCCAAGGAACAAGAACUCUGAGAAUGAACAGAUGGAUCUGAAUAAUGACAAAAUAAUCUGUGACAAGGAAAGUGAACCAUCUUUGCAAAAAAAUACUAAAAGACUGAAGACUUCAAGCAGCUCUAAGAAGGAAUUGGACAGCAAAAUUGGUGGAAAAAGAAAACAGACCAAAAGUGCAAGUAAGAAUAAGUUGAUUGCUGGUCAGGCAAAAUUAACUCGCUUUUUUCAACUCUAAGUUUUUGUUUUCACAUACAUGUAUGUUGGCAGAUGUAAAAUUAUGCAAGAAAACAGGUGAAAUUUAUGAAUUACUUCCUUUCAUAUGUAAAUAAUUGAAAGUAUCUUGUGUAUUAUAGUAGACAAUUACUUAGAAGCCUGGAUCAUGCUGAAGUAUUUUAUUUUUUAAUAACAGUACAUUGUUAAUGAUUACGCUGUUAUUUUUGGUAAUGAAUUAUGUAUCUCUCUACAAUGCAAUGGGAAAUUAAGUUUGGAUGUGUAUGUACAGUUACACUAACACUCAGUAACUUCAAAUUACAUUAAAUUGAGAAUAAAAUGUUUAAUCUUCAGAGAAGGUGGUGGAGAUCAGUAGUUUUCACACUUGCCAACAAGGUCGAUAGACUCUUCCCAGCAUACACCUGAGGACUACAGGAGAGAAAAAGAGCUUGAAAAUUUAAAUCAUCAAAGAACCAGAAUUCUUAUGGCUUCUGGAAAUAUUAAUUUAACAAAUGCUCCCUCCCCUGUGCACCAAAUCAUAACAGUCAUGUAGUCUCUAAAUGAACAUAUAACAAAUUGCUAUAUUGACAUUGUAGUAUACUUUACCAAAAUUAAAUAAUUUUCUGUGUAAAAAUAAAAUAUAUUUACUGUCAAAAUCUCUUCUUCCAAUAGGUAAUUUAGCUGAAUUUUCUUCAUCUGUGGUCUCUCUUUCCUGUAUCGACUCAAUAUUUUGAAUUUCAGUGUCAGCUGGAAAAGCCAUGGCUCCCUUCAGUGCAGGAUAAGGUAGUUGCUUUCUACCUAAGUUGAUUGGCAUAACAUGAUUGAAGAAAUCAUGCCUGGAACCUCUGUCCUGUUUUGCGGGAAGACAAGAGGUUUAUCUUUAUUUAAAGUUAAUUGUAUCACAUUUUGUUCUUUAUAUUCCAACAGGGCAGUUAUUUUAUCUUUCAAAAUCAUACCUUAAUAGUUAUGACCUGUAUUGCAUCCUUGGCCAAAAUGGUGUAAUGAACAUAAUUAAAUAAUGAGUCCCAUGUUUGGCAAAGUUAAAAACCUGUUGCUGCAUAUAGGGACAUCAUCAAAUAUAAAUACAGGUUUCUUCCUAUCCCCUCCACCCCAACCCCCAUCCUCCAAGUUUUGGCUACUGUCUGUGAAAAUCAGAUUUAAUUCAACUGUCUGAGUUACACAUUUAGAAUCUUGGCAUUAGAUAUAUAGAGUUGAACUUUUUUUUCUUGACUGUUAUGUUGAACUGGUAUUUUAAUAUAUUUACCUGGUUAUUGAUUUAAAUUGUUGCACUUGUUUUCUAAAGGGGUGUAAAUGAAUUUCAAUAUUUCAAUUAAGCCAAAAUUUAAAACUGAACUCACCAAAAACUUCAUGUUUCCAGCAUUCUUAUCAUUGAAAACACUGCUGUCUUCAGUCUUGUAGUGCUUCAGCAAAGGUAUAGCUCCUCUGUUCAUACUUUUAUCUCCAUUUUGUAGAGUUUUUCCUAGAUUUAAUGCAGCAAGCAACAUAUCUUCCUCUUCUACGUCUUGCAGAGACUUUGAAACUGAGAGUAGAAAACCUUGAGAAAAAAGAGAGAGAAGGGAGAGAAUUAGGAGAUAUGAUGAGAUGCACAUUUUUUAGUCAUUUAAUGCUUGCAUAAAGGUUUGGCACUUCUCAAAUUCUGAGAAAUCUUUCCCAGUGGUAAAUAAUUGUGUUUUCCAUUUCUGGAAUGGCACACUUUAUAUAUUUUACAGAUUGAAUGGAAACUACUUCAAUGGCUGAUGAGUUCAUGCUUUUAAAUGACUCAUAUCAAAGUGUAACCUUUUCUAUAAUCCUUCUAAUCCCAUCUGUUUAGAACUAAAACAUUUCUUUGUCAUACCUAAUUUGUUUCUUUUUAUGUUUUUAGAAGAGAUUAGUUUCUUUUGGUGGAUCAAUAUGGCAAAGUUCACAGAAAAAGUGAUGUCCAUUUGAGUUGUUUAUAAAGCCUUACCUCUGGUUAAGGCAAUUUAAGAAGAGUAACUAAUCUACAUAAGUAAGAGGGAUUCUUGUGUGAUGCAUCAUGGUUGUGAAACUGGAUUCACAAAAGAGCUGAAAUUCUGGAAAUUUGAUGAUGACUUAGACUGCUACCACGUAAAAGCUGAAAUAAUUAAUUUGUGUUUUGAUGUCUGUUAUGUCAGGUGGCAUUAUACCAAAGAGCUAAUGGCUAGAAAUGUUUAUUAGUACCCAUAGUCAAAUAUGCUUGUUAAGAAUGUAGAAAGAAAAGUAAACUUCAGUUUUUCAUUUGAAAUGUAUUUGAAAUGUGUUUAUUACCCUGGAAGCAAAUAUAAAUGUUUCUGCACAC